CAGGAGACGUGCCAAGUGAAAAUGGAGCCGUGGUGCAAUCGUGGGAUCUGACGUGCCGUCUCUUGCUAUUUAAGCUGGCUCGAUUCCCCCGCGACAAAAGGGUCCUCCUCACUCGACUCGAAUCCGCCAUCACCAUGUUGGGUCUCUCCGUCGUGCUGUCUGUGGCCUUCGCUGCCCAGGCGGCUUUUGCUUCCCCGCUGCAUUCCCGUACCCCAUACGCUGUCAAGGAGUCCCAUCCGGUGCCGCGCAAAUGGACGCCUGUGAGUCGAGCGCCGGGAGACCAUAUGCUCCAUAUGCAGAUUGGUCUGAAGCAGGAGCGGUUCGAUGAGUUGGAGCGCCAUCUGUAUGAAGUCUCCGACCCAGAUCAUCCUCGCUAUGGCCAGCAUCUCAGCACCGAGGAUGUGUAUGAGCUUGUCAAGCCCUCGGAUGAAGCUCUGGAUCUCGUCCACGAGUGGCUGCUUUCUAAUGGUGUUGAUCGCUUUGACUACAGCCCCGCCAAGGACUGGGUCAACAUCUACAUCUCUGUAGAGUCUGCUGAGCGUCUGCUCAACACCAAGUACUCAGUCUUUCAGCACGAAGACGGUUCGUACUUGGUGCGGACGCCGGACUGGUCACUGCCGCUUCACCUGCAUGACCUGAUUGACACGAUCCAACCCACCAACUCCUUCAUGCGCGCAACCCCCCAGAAGACCGACUGGAUCCAGUUUGGUGACCAUCAAGCGCCCCCGGGAUACAAGCCCCCCAGCAACGAGACCAUUGCGAGGGUUUGCAACAUCGAAAGCGUGACUCUGGAGUGCUUCAACACCCUGUAUGGAUCCUUGGGCUACCGGCAACAGGCCGUUGGCAAGGCCCGGAUCGGCUUCAACAACUAUCUCAACCAGACUCCCAUCCGGCCCGACAUCUUCCAAUUCCUGGAGCUGUAUAACCCGCCGGCUGCGUUGUCAGCGUGGACGUUCGAAUCCGUGGAGAUUGCCAACGGUCCUGCGGCACAGUACACGCCUUUGACCGCUGAGCAACUUGCUGGAAGUGAUAUUUCUGAGGAAGCCGUCCUCGAUGCUGAGACCAUCCUGGGCAUGACAUGGCCACAGCCAGUAACUUCCUUCUCCACAGGAGGAAGCCCUCCUUUCAACCCCGAUCUCAACACUCCAACGGACACCAACGAACCUUACCUGACCUGGGUCAACUACGUCUUGGGACAGAAGGACCUCCCGCAGGUAAUCAGCAGUUCAUACGGCGACGACGAGCAGACGAUCCCCAAGUCCUACGCCGAGAGAGUGUGCAACUCCUUCGCCCAACUCGGGGCCCGCGGUAUCUCCCUCUUGUGUUCGAGUGGUGACGGCGGACUCGGCGGCCUGGACGACAGCGCCUGCUACAGCAACGACGGCCAGAACAAGAGCACCUUUCUACCAGCCUUCCCUGCCAGUUGUCCAUUUGUGACCACCGUCGGCGCAACGAUGCAGUUCGAGCCAGAGGUCGCAGUGUACCGCAGUCCCGGCGUUGGAUCCGACGGCAAGCAACACGGUUUCUACGCGUCAGGCAGCGGAUUCAGCUACUACUUCCCUCGCCCCUCAUACCAGGACGCUGUGGUGCCCGCAUAUGUCAAGUCCCUGAAUGGCGCCUACACCGGCUUGUAUAACCCAGAGGGCCGUGGCUACCCCGACGUCUCGGCGCAAGGUCUCUACUUCGCCUUCUUCUGGAACGGCGAGCUAAGCACCAUCUCCGGAACCAGCGCCUCCUGCCCCCUGAUGUCCAGCAUCGUCUCGCUCGUCAACGACGCCCUGAUCGCAUCCGGCAGGCCGACUCUCGGCUUCUUGAACCCUUGGCUCUACUCGAAAGGCUAUCGCGGCUUCACUGACGUCACGAGCGGGAACAGCUCGUCGUGCGGUACGGACGGCUUCCCUGUCACUGAGGGCUGGGACCCUGUUACGGGCUUUGGCACUCCCAUCUUCCCGAAAUUAGUCGAGUUGGCAAAGGGUCAUUGAUGGAUACCUUAGAUAUAGCGAUACGAAAAUAAGUAAGUGCACAGGACCCAGUCUUCAGUCUGCGGUCCUGCGACCCGACAUCUAG